GUCAGCAGGGGCGGCUCCAGAUCGACGCAGGAGUUCAACGAUUCGCCGAAGCUCCGGGAGGACACGGAGGGCGUCACCGACCACGACAUCGACGAGGAGGCCGAGGAACUCGUCAUCUCCCGCGCAUUGCACAUCGAGGGGCUGGCGGCCUGGAGAGUGGCGCCCGCGCAGCCACGCGCCGCUGUGCCGGGCCCCGAGGCCCAGCAGCCCGCCGGCAGCGGCCAGAUGGCGGCCACGAAGACGGACGCGGCCGCGGUGCUGUCCACGUCCCUGGACCAGCGGGCGGGGGCCAGGCAGGACGCGCCAUGCAGCUGGAUGCCCGGGUGCUGCUGGAUAUGCGGGAG